CUGGAAGCAAAGGGUGGACAUUGGCUCUCUCCGCAAAGAUUCCUGAGAUAUCAAGCUAUAUUGGUAGAGCAGGAUGAUGUGGAGAUUGUAGUCACUAACAUUGUCAACCCAGCUUCUUUUCUCAGCGGGAACACAGGAGAACCGGUACAUCAUGACUGCCUGGAAACCAUCGAAGCAACCUACGCCAGUCGCCCAGACCUGAAAGACAGCCCCAUGGAAAACGGGGAAACUUGGUUCACAGACAGAAGCAGUUACGUCCUAAAUGGUAAUCGACAUGCGGGAUACGCCGUCACCACCAGCCAAGAGGUAGUAGAAUCAGGGGCUUUGCCCAUGAACACCUCCGCACAGAAGGCAGAAAUAAUUGCUCUAACCCGCGCCCUGGAAUUGGCCCAGGGCAAAGUUGUGAACAUUUAUACAGACUCAAAAUAUGCCUUUGGAGUUGUACACGCACAUGGAGCAAUUUGGAAGGAGAGAGGACUAUUGAAUUCCCAAGGGAAAAAUAUCAAACACGCAGAAGAAAUUCUGAAGUUACUGGAAGCUGUCCAGCUCCCUAAGAAAGUGGCAAUUAUGCAUAUUAAGGCACACUAGAAAGUGAGCUCAGAUUUGGAAAAAGGGAAUGAGCUGGCGGACAGAGAGGCAAGACAAGUGGCCAAAACAAAGGUAAAAAUAGAAGGGGCCUUAAUUCCUGAUAGGCAGAUCUCCCUAGAAGGUAAGCCAGAAUACACCAAGGAAGAUCAGAAGCUCAUUACAGAUUUAGAAGGGUCAUAUAAUGAAGAGGGGUGGGCUCAUACCCCACAGGGAAAGCUAAUCGUUCCCUCUUGCUUAUUAUGGCAUUUGAUAC